AUGGCAACUCUCCACGAGGCUCUUCAAUGCCUCAAGCCAACAACUUGGGCCGAGGUCCCCCAAUCACCCGACGAGCUCCGUGAAUACGUGCGCAGCAUUUUCAAGAACGGCCGGCUUAACGGUGUGGUCCCUUCGUCCGCCCGCGUGGGAGAGACCGACCCGGAACUCGCAUCUUUUCAAGACCAAUGGGGCAAGCCUAUCAAGGUGGGCGGGCCGCGCGAGAACCCGCUGGGUGUGCACGUGUGGAAGCUCUCGGCCCACGACGGAGGCGGAUCCUGGUUCGGACGGCGGAGUGUGCAUGAGGGUAUGCCGUUCACGCAGUGGAAGGAGAAGAUCUCUACCGAAUAUGAUGAAACACUGAAAGUCAACGAGAAGAAGCUACAGAAGGGGCAGGUAGCCGAUAAGGCAAUCCGGGGGAUUGGAGCAGAGAAGAAAAUUGAGACGAUUGAGGUUAAGAACGAGGAUGGCUCAGUCAUGGCCCAUGUCACCGUCUACCAUGUCUCUGCACAAUUUCCCAAACCGACUGCCCCGCGUGACUUUGUGGCGAUGAUUAUCUCUUCGGAGGAUGGUCUACACAUCGGCGGGACGAAACUCCCAGGACGGAGUUGGAUGAUGGUGUCCAAGCCUUGCGAUCACCCUGAUGUGAAGCCUAAGGAGGGCUAUACUAGAGGUGAGUAUGAGUCUGUUGAGAUCAUUCGGGAGAUUCCCAAGGCGUCUAGCAGCGGGAGCUCUUCCAGGACAAGCCUGGGAGACAAGGGAAGCUCGUCGGGCGACACUCCGGAUAGCAGUACACCCAAGGCCUCAGACGCCCCAGGCGACGACGAUGUCAACCCUGUUGAGUGGAUUAUGGUCUCGAGAAGUGACCCUGGAGGCAACAUUCCGCGGUGGAUGGUUGACAAAGGCACACCCAAAAGCGUCGGACAAGACGCCGCCAAGUUUGUGAACUGGGCAACCCAAGACAAAAAGUAUCGGGAAAAGAAGACCACAGGGGACGAUUCCGUCAAGGUAAACCCAGGCACCGCAUCAAAGCCAGAAGACUCCGACGAAUCCGAUCACGCAGAAGACAAGUCUGAUGACUCGGAUUCGGAACCCACGGACUCUGAUGAUCAAUCACACCAUGGGCUCAUUGCUAGCGUGACAGGCCUGAUCAACGCUGGUAUCGGACGGCUCGCUCCCUACGGACUCAAUGACUACGUUCCAUAUCCGUCCCAUCACGAUUCCCAGGAGGAAUCCAGUGAAGAUGAAGAUACAGAGCCCGAAGAACAGAAGACCCCACAGUCAAACCCGUCGCGCCCGAAGCACACCAGAAACAUCACAGACGUGUCUUUUAACUCAACGCACUCCGAAUCAGCCACCCCUAUUGUGGACGAGGUGGUGAAGAAUGUCGCGAAGGAAGAGAAAGAAAACGGGAAGAGCAAGCCAAGCAUGCACGAGAGAGAUCUACAGAAGCUGGCUCGGCGAAAACAAGGGGUCGAAGCCCGACUAGAAGCAAUUCAUGCCGAGUUCGAAAAACUUCAAGGACUCAACUGGAUGGGUUCUAACACGCCCGUUCGGCCCCUCAAAGACGCAGACAGCGACAAGAGCGGUCCGCGCAAGCGAGGAGACACUCGCUCGUCAACACCAGCUAGCAUCGCCGGCACACAAUCAAGCCAACGAGAAAGCAGCACCAGUGAUGUACCCACCUCGCAACCGCAGCCCGACUCUCCGGCUCGAAACCAAAAAGCCAUCAGCAGCCUUGUGAGCGAGCAAGCCAAGCUUGUAAAGCGGCUCCACAAGAUCGAGGGUGAGCAGAUGAAGUUAGCGACGAAAAUCGAAGCGCGCCAUCGCAAGCAUGCGGAGCGGUCUGAAAAGUCCAAAUCCAAAUCCGAGGUUGAGAGUUUGCGCGCAGAGAUCAAGGACUUGAAGAAGGAGGUGACCAAGUUGCGUAGCGAGCGCCAGAAUUGGGUUGAGAUUGUGGCUGCUCUGCAGAAAGAAAAUACCGCUUUGCACGCUACGAAUGCGAAGCUGAGCGGGCAGGAGGAGUCCACGAGGGAUAACGACUCUAUAAAGAUGCUUUUUUUUUCCCUUUAG